GAAAGGGACGCUAACAUGCGCCGGUUCUUGAGAGGGGCCGAGUAGCCACCGCUUUUUGAGGUUUCCACAUCAACCGCGAUGAAUAAUCUACUUGCAGAGGGGGAAAGAGGUUCAUUCUCAAACGAAUAUUGACAACCCCAUGUUUGAUCUUUUGCUUGUCACAAUCUCCAAGCCCUGAUUUUUCUUGUCUCUAUCUCUCUCUCUCUCCCUCAAUCUGUAUUUAAAGUUUGGAUUUUUCUCGUUCAAUUUCAUAGGGCGGCGAGUGUGAGUUUUUAACAGAUUUAGUUCUCUCUCUCUCUCUCUCUCUCUCAUACGAAAAGUUGAUGGAAGGCUUCCAAAUUCCAUGUAUAUAAGCAUAAUCCUGUCCAUUGACUUUCUGUCAUAUCUCUGAGCAUACCCUCUUGGGUUGAUUUUCAUCCCGCGGAAGAUAAGGUGGAGCUUUCUUGAUUUGUAUCGCCCAAUUUGGCGGAUACCCUUUUGCUCCUCUCCUCUCAUUCCCCUCAAGAAUAAAGGGACUCGCGGACCCAAAAAUCAGAUUUUUCGUCUGGACGGUUCCUUCAUAUUCUUGUUCUUCUGCAUCCACUUUGAGCUGUUUGUUUCUAUAGAAGCUUGCUGAGCCGGUUUAAAUCUUGUUGAUAUUGGAAAGGGAGUUGAUUAUUUUUAGUGUGUUUUUUGAGUGGAGGAAGAGAAGAAGAAGGAGAAGAUGAUGAUGAUGACAAUGGAAGGGAUUAUGGAAAAGAGUGUGUUGGAUGACAUAAUAAGGAGAUUGUUGGAAGGCAAAGGAGGGAAGCAAGUCCAGCUUUCCGAGGCUGAGAUCCGCCAACUCUGCAUCAACGCUCGCCAAAUCUUCCUCUCUCAGCCCAUUCUCUUGGCGCUUCAUGCUCCCAUUAGAAUCGGCGGUGAUAUACAUGGACAGUACCACGAUCUACUGAGGCUAUUUGAGCAUGGUGGGCACCCUCCCUCUGCGAGCUAUCUGUUUUUAGGAGAUUACGUGGAUCGUGGGAAGCACAGUUUGGAGACGAUAUGUUUGCUUCUGGCCUACAAAAUAAGAUAUCCCGACAAAGUAUUUCUCUUGAGGGGAAACCAUGAAGAUGCAAAAAUAAAUCGCAUCUACGGCUUUUAUGAUGAGUGCAAAAGGCGAUUUAAUGUUAGGCUUUGGAAAAUGUUCACCGAUUGCUUCAAUUGCCUGCCAGUGGCUGCCCUUAUCGAUGAUAAAAUACUUUGCAUGCAUGGGGGCCUCUCCCCGGAGUUGAACAAGUUGGAUCAAAUAAAGGAAAUUUCGAGGCCAACCGAGAUUCCUGAAGCCGGUCUUCUUUGUGAUCUUCUGUGGUCUGACCCGGAUCCUAGUAUUGAUGGUUGGGCGGACAGUGAUCGUGGUGUCUCAUGUAAUUUUGGAGCUGAUAAGGUUGCCGAGUUUUUGGAUAAGAAUAAUCUUGAUCUCAUUUGCCGAGGCCAUCAGGUGGUAGAGGACGGGUACGAAUUUUUUGCCAGACGGCGGUUAGUCACAAUCUUUUCAGCUCCCAAUUACGGAGGGGAGUUUGACAAUGCAGGUGCAUUGCUAAGUGUUGAUGAGAAUUUGGUGUGUUCGUUUGAGAUACUGAAACCAGCUGAAAGCAAAGCUUCUAGCAGUUCUAGUACAUCAAGAAUGAUACUUAAGAAGCCUCCACAGCUUGGAAGAGUCUGAUCCGCGUGGUCUCUGGAAGAUGUUCUUAUUUUGACGAGAAAAUGAGAAAGAAAGCUGGUUUCAUGCAUAAGCUAGAGACCUGUCAUAGAAAAGAUUGGAUGAAGAUAUGCCCUCCGCUUCCGUCGAAAAAGUCGUAUCCUUCAAGAUUAUCCAAGUGCAGCAACAAUAGUAAUAUAAGAGUUGGUUCAAGAUCUUCGAUCGUACGUGCAGUAUUUUCAGCUGAGAAACGGAGACAUUAGACCUUAGGACAUCCAACAGAAAUCGCUCCCCUAGGAUAAACUGAUGAUUUGAAUUAUUGUCAUCUGUAAUGUUUUCGUGUUGACUGCAAGUGUGCUCGAGAGUCAGCUUCGCAACAAGCUCAUGUUAAUAUUUCAGUUUUCUUCCCUGUUGUGUGUGACCAACGUUGUCAUCAGUUCGGUGUUUGUUGAUAACAGCAGCAAUCUAUAUCAAGCUUAUUGCUAUCGAGAGAAGAGGUCGUUUGGGAAUU